AUGACGCAUCUGAUCUCAUUUCGGCAGCCACUGCCAGUUUUCCGAGCUCCACGGCUCCCCUCCUUUUUUACACGGCGACAGUGCUUCUCCCAAUCCUCAAUUACCCACUACCAAGACCGGUCAAUACAAGCCCAGCGUCCCCGUCAAGCCCCGGAUCGUAGUAUGAGAGUCGCGUCAAAGGAACUGCAGCAGUACCCUUCUGAUGUUGGCCUUCUCGACUAUACCUUCGUAACUCCCAGUGGCAGCAAUGCACCGCGCCUAUUCGAUUCUCCGUCCUCAUUUGCAAAACUUCGAUGGGAACAUGUCAAAUCCCGCCUCCGAGACCGAGUGUCCUUACUAGUCUUGUGGUUUGCCUCGCCCCCGAAAAAGAGCUUUUUUAAGCGCGCCUUGAAACUAUCUCGUUCGAAAGUUACUCCGACAGCUGUCGCACUCCACAGGCAAAUGUAUACAAGCUUUGCCGAGGGAGAUGUUACUACUUUGCAAGCACUGUGCGCGGAUGGAAUAUUUGACAGCUUUCGAAAUCGGAUAGGCAAUAGGCAACGGGGCGAGAAGGUGGUUUGGGAGCUGGUGAAAUACAACAAGGGGCCAAAACUGGUUUCUUACAGAGCUGCCAGGUAUCCAACAGAUGGCGGCGCUAUUAGACAAGCCGUUGUUCGGAUCUCCUCGACACAGAAAUUAACGAGGUGGAUCCAAGGAAAGGGUGGUGUGUUGGAACUGGUACCAGGAUCCGGAAAAGAAAAGGACGUUGAGGAGUACAUGGUGGUUCAGAAGACGAUACACGACUGGAAGGAGGGCGACUGGCAGGUUUGGGGGACAACUUCGGAGACUACGAUAAAAGAUCUCAAGGAGUGGGAGAGGAGGAAGAGUGAAUGA